GAGAGACAGGAGAUGCUUUAAUUCGAACGCGGUUGCCUCCUCCCUCGAGCCCUUCUCCUUCCUUCUUUCCUUGCUUCCUCCCCCCACAGCCACAGUGGCAUAUCGCAUCACGCCAAAGCCCAUCCGCCGGCCGUAGAUCGGCUCCGGCAACCGGCUUCGACCGCGGCCUCCCCUCUGAGGAUUUUCGGCCUAGAGGUUCCCCAUGGCAUCAGUUACUUAUAUUGAUGAUAGCCAUGCUGAGGUUAUUGAUCCUCCAAAGAAUGAGGAAAUGCUGGAUGCCACUGAACUUGUUGGUGAUCAUAUUCAGAAUUCACCAAAACCAAAUGUGGCAAGCUAUGGCAACGUGCGUGAGCUACUGGAAUGCCCUGUGUGUUUGAGUGCCAUGUAUCCUCCAAUUCAUCAGUGCUCCAACGGACAUACUCUGUGUUCUGGAUGCAAGCCAAGGGUUCAUAAUCGCUGUCCAACAUGCAGGCAUGAACUGGGUAACAUAAGAUGCCUUGCUCUGGAAAAGGUGGCUGCAUCACUAGAGCUUCCAUGCAAGUACCAGAACUUUGGGUGCUUGGGCAUAUAUCCUUACUAUUGCAAGCUGAAACACGAAUCGCAAUGCCAAUACAGACCAUAUACUUGUCCAUAUGCUGGAUCUGAAUGCACGGUUGCUGGUGAUAUUCCGUAUCUAGUAAAUCACUUGAAAGAUGACCAUAAGGUCGACAUGCACAAUGGAAGCACCUUCAAUCAUCGUUAUGUCAAGUCAAAUCCUCAUGAAGUCGAGAAUGCUACCUGGAUGCUCACGGUUUUCAGCUGCUUCGGCCAGUACUUCUGCCUGCACUUCGAGGCUUUCCAGCUGGGCAUGGCGCCCGUGUACAUCGCCUUCCUCCGGUUCAUGGGGGACGACGCUGAGGCCAAGAACUACAGCUACAGCCUGGAGGUCGGGGGCAGCGGGCGCAAGAUGACAUGGCAGGGCGUGCCUCGGAGCAUCAGAGACAGCCACCGGAAGGUCCGGGACAGCUACGACGGGCUCAUCAUCCAGCGCAACAUGGCGCUCUUCUUCUCGGGUGGCGACAGGAAGGAGCUCAAGCUGCGGGUCACCGGGAGGAUCUGGAAGGAGCAGUGAGUCGCGUGCAUGCAGUGCAGGUGCAGGCAGCAGCUCGACGCAUGCGGCGUUGCGUGUGUUCCUUCUCCGGUGUUACCAUGACCUGAAGCAUGGAAUCCAGGAACCUUGUAGGGUGGUGUAGGUGGUAGUUGGAAUCUUUGAGUCGUGGGUGGUUCUUGUGUCGUUGUGUGGUAGUGGUACCGACUGAUUUAGAGAACUGGAGGCAAUUCUCUCCUUUGCUUUGAACCUGUCGAGAGCUGGUCAUGAUGGGCACGGCUGUGGACUCCAUGAAAUGUAAAUGAUGUAUCCCGGCUCACUCUGUC